CAUGUACCUAAGUAGCCAGGUGAACAAGUUGUUCACCGUGAGUUUCAUCUUUAUUAAAUUGGCCCAUUUUUUGCUUCCGCUUUCUAAACGUAUCCUUUUUGGGAACCGGCUCCAACGUCUUUAAACAGUUCAACGGAUUGCUUCGAGCAGCGUCAAAAUGAUAAUUCUUCUUUUGAUUUUGUCCUUAGUGGCAACCAUUGUUAUCAGCACUCCAAUACCGCAGAAGGAUAUAACAUUAUUCCCCGAAACUACUGUCGAGGUCUUGAAACAAAUCUACAGAGUAAAUGGCGACGGUUCUUAUAGUUUUGGCUUUAAAGCGUCGGAUGGAACUUUUCUAGUCGAGCGUAAGGAUGCUGAUGGAUAUGUAACAGGGGAGUUUGGAUAUACCAAACAACAGUUACAAAUCUCAGAAUAUCUUUAUAACUUCGAUGUUGCUAGAAAAUUGCUUGGUUUUCCUUUUCCAGCUAUUGAUGGAAAUGCAUACAGCAAUGCAAACACUAGUUCCGUUUUAAAGGUGCUUGAUGAUAGCGACGCUGAUGUGCCGAUUGAAGUGCAUGAUGCAACUGAACUUCAAAUUGCCCUUCUGACCGAUGUCGAAAAAAAUAAAACUCUACCACCACCACCAGAUCGACCGAAAUUUUUCAAAUAUGGAGAAGCUAUCUUUCGUUCACCGUCGAACAUUUCAGAAUCUGUAAUGUGGCCGAAUCCUAGCAAAAUAGAUCAAUUCAUGCGGGAUCUUAAAUCGUUUAAGUUGUAUCCGUCCUAGGGCAUAAUUACUCGUCGAAGCAUUUAUUAAUGGCCUUGACUUAUUUGUUAUUUAAAAAUUACACCAAAACUUUUAUUGUAGGUCUUGAGAUAUCGUAAAUCCCCUCUUUCAAAUCUUGACGCGAACAUGUUUAUUUUUGAAUCUCCUACUAGCUGCACUCAUCGUUUGGUUUUAUCCAUUUAUUUCUGUAUUUAUCGGUUACAUGAUUUGUUUUGUCGAUUUUUAAAUUUUUUCAUGCAUUAUUCAUUUAUUGAUAUUAAUCACACAAUAACACGUAUUUUCCAACGA